AUGUCCGUUGCAACAAGUGUUGCAGAAAACAAGACCAGUGAUACUAACAAACUGGAGUCAGUGAUACAGAGGUUGGAGGAGAGUGUUUUAUCUGAUGAGAAGAGACUGACCGUUCGAGGCCCCUCGCCGGAUUCUCCCCCUACAUGUCUACCAGCAAGAGUUCGUGAGAUUGUCACACAAAACCUCAACGAAAACUCCACGGAGGCCAUGUCCUCUGUCAUGUCCCUCCAGGAGGAGAACAGAGUCCUUCAGGGAGAGCUGGCCAAACUAGAGGAUCUUUUGGCCCACAGCAGAGCAGACCGCGAUGAACUGGCAAUCAAGUACGGCGCUAUCAGUGAGAGGCUGGAGCAGACAUUACGUUUCGAUUCAGGGGACGGCGACCGUGACUCCCCAGAGUCUCGCAGUCUGGCUCAGCAGAAUGUGGAUCUGCGUAGGCGACUAGAUGAGGAACAGGCAUCCUACAAGAGAAAGCUCACUGCGUAUCAGGAGGGACAGCAAAGGCAGGCACAGCUCGUGCAGAAGUUGCAGGCAAAGGUUCUUCAGUACAAAAAGAGGUGUGGCGAUCUGGAACAGAUGCUGCAGCAGAAGUCGUCAGACUUUGAGAAACCUAGGCUGAGUGAUUCCAGUGAAACUUCAAAUGGUCGUUGUGCAGACGAACCAGGCAGCAACCUGGAGGAUGCUUUAAUCCGUCUGGAGGAAGAACAACAGAGGAGCAGCAGUCUUUCUGCGGUGAACGCCAUGCUGAGAGAGCAGCUAGAACAAGCCAGUUUGGCCAACGAGGCUCUCAGCCAGGACAUCCGCAGACUCACCGCUGACUGGACGAAAGCCCGGGAAGAACUGGAUCAAAAGGAGUCUGACUGGAGGAGAGAGGAAGAGUCUUUUCAUAGUUACUUCAGCAGUGAGCACAGCCGUCUGCUUGGUCUGUGGCGCCAAGUCGUUGGCUUUCGUAGGCACAUCUGUGAUCUGAAGAGUGCCACUGAAAGAGACUUGUCAGACAUGCGUAACGAGCUGGCUCAGGCAUCACAUUCUGCUCAGGUGUCCUGCACGAGUCUGUCUGCCACGCUGCACACCAGAGAGGGUGGAGCAGCGCUGGCUCUGGACCGCGAGAAGGCUGUCAGAGUCCAAAUGGAGCAGCAAUUGAGGGAACGCGUGACGGAAAUGAUGAACCUUCAGGCCAGGACAGAUGCAGAGAGGAGUGAGCUGAACCUUAGAUUGUCGGACGCGGUGCGUGAGGGGGAAAGACUGAAGGGCAAAGUUGAGGAGAAGGAGAGAGAACUUGUACUUCUGUCAAGGAGACUUGAGGAGCAGAGCAGUAAUGACGGUAGUGACAUGCAGCUGAUGAGAGCUCACACUGAGACACUGCUGGACACGCUCCGGGACAUUGCUCAGACUGUGUUGACAGAUGCUGAGUCGUCUUCGGAGGCAGACCAGGACAACUCUGCCGCUCCUUUGCUGGCCUUUAUCCAUGGUUCCUCCCCUAGCGCUACUCCUCGCAGGUCAUCCUCCCCUUCGAGGCUCACCUCGCUGUCUGCUACUACGGAGACAACCCUGUCGGCGCUACGCUCAGCAGUCACACAUAAGACGCUCCAGCUGCAGGAUGCUCGAGGACGUCUGCUGUCUGCCCAGUCCAGCAUUCUUCAGUUACGAAAGCAGCUCGCAGAGGCCGAAUCUGCUAGAAGAGAGGCAGAUCAGCGACAUCAAACGCUGCAACGAGAGCGCGACGCUGCACAGCGGGACAAGGAGACCAUGCAGCGAGAGAAGGACCGCCUUCGACAGGAGAGAGACACUCUGGCCAGUGAGAAAGUGAGUUUGGAGAAGAGCAUGAAGGCGGCGCAGAGCACUAAUCAGACUCUGCAGAUGGACUGUGAGAAGAUGCAGCUGGUUCUGACAUCCACGCAGCGGGAGAAAGACCACCAGAGGGAGGAGAAAGAAGCUGCCUUUCAGGAGAGGGACCGGGCAAAGGCUGAGGUUCAAAGGAUUCAGAAGCAGUGGGACCAGAGCGAAAGCCGAGCAUCUGCCCAACGUGGUGAGCUUUCUGCAGUGAAGGAAACUCACCAACAAGCUGAAGUAGAGAGGCAGUUGCUGGAGAAAGAGAGAUCUCAACUCUCUGAAGCACUCACUCGGGCUGAGAGCAGCAAUGCAGAACUGUCUUUACUGAUUAAUAAGCUCCAAUCUGAGGAUGCAGCACUCAGGGACUCUUUGGCCAAAAUGGGCAGCAUGAAUGAGGCGCUGUCCCAAGAUAAAAUCGAUCUCAACACCUACAUCCUUCAGCUGGAGGAAGAAAAGGCUCUGCUGCUCACUCGGAAACGCGAGGCCGAGCAGGAGAAACUGACCAUCAGAGAUGAACUGGUCCGGUUGGAGCAGGACCGAAUGGAGCUGGACUCCACCCGCAUCACUCUGCGCCAGUCGCUACAGGACACUGAGCUAACCCGUGUGGGGAUGGAGGCGGAGCUCCACACUCUCAGGGCUGAGAGACUUAAGCUGCAGGAGAAAGUCACGCAGCUCUGCGCUGAGGUAACCUCUCUGGGUUCUGAGCUAAGCCUUGCCAGAGGAGAGGGCCAGCGGAACGAAGCAGCCUUGGAGGAGGCGGGGCGCAGCCGGGCAGAACUAGCGAGAGACAAAGCAGCUCUUCUCGUCCAGCUGACGGCAUCAGAGAGAGAAAACAGCGCACUUUCGGAAGAAUUGUCUGCUUACAGGUCUGAGCGUGAGUCUUUGGAUGCUACCCUGUUUGAGGUACAGCAUCAGCUUGCUCAGGUGGAGUCUCACAAAGAGCAACUUUUAGCAGAUAACCAAAACCUUCGAGUGCGCACGGACACAGCAACAGCUGAGCUACGGCGUGCUCGAUCUGAGGCAGAGAGCGCGCUGGUCCAGGCUGAAAAGGAGAAACACACUUUCACUCAGACUCUGAAUACAGCGCAUCUGGAGGCCCAGCAAGCUUUACGUAAGGCUACCUGUGAACAUAAGGAUGAAGUUGAGAAGCUUGUCGCAGAAAAGGAGUCCUUGAGGCAGAGCCUCACAGAAGCCCAUGAUGGCACUCUGAGGAAGCUGAGGCAGGAGUUGGAGGAAGAGAUUCACAAAGUACAGAGAGAAAAGGAUGAGCUACAGACUGAUCUGAAGACUGUUCUGCACGAUCGAGAUCAGAGCCUGCUGCAGGCAGAAACAGAAAAACAACAGGCUCUGUCACUGAAGGAGGCUGAAAAAGCAGCGUUGUGUGACAGAGUGUCUAGUCUCCAGGCCGAGCUGUCAGCUUUGACCCUCGAGGCUGAGCGCAAGGCCCGAGCAUUGGCUAUUUGCAAAGAGCAAGAACAGGCCAAAGUUGGCGCUUUAACCAGUGCGCUGCAGGAGCUUCGGUCACAACUCGAGGAUGCAUCCAGUCUUCACGAAAGGGACCUUCAAACUCUGCGAGAGACUCUUGCUGACUUUCAGUCGCGUGCUGAUAGUGCCGUCAAAGAGCUGGACAAGUGCAGAGCUUCUCUGGCCAUCAGUGAGGAGAGUCGAGAUGAGCUCAGGCGAGAAACGCUGGAGACCGAGCGUCGUCUCAACCAAGCAAAAGACGAGGCGGAAAACUACAGAAGGGAAGGCACAGAAAUGCGUCGCAGCCUGAGUGACAUCUCUAAGGAGAGAGAUACUCUCAGCCAGUCCAACUGCCAGCUUAGGGAAUCUUUACGAGGGGCUGAGACUGAAAGGAUCAGUUUGAGGCGACAGUGUGAGGAGAAGGAGCAGCGACUGGUAGUGCUGCAGGAGAAUUUUUCAUCCACUCAAAAAGAAGUGACGGAGCUGCGUAGCUGUCUUCGGGAAGUAGAAAGGUCACGGCUGGAGGCACGACGGGAGCUGCAGGAGCUGCGCAGACAACUGAAGGUCCUGGAUGGAGAAAAGGAGCAGAAAGGCCGAGAGGUAGCGGAGCUACAGACCCGCUUAUCACUGGAGGAGCAGCGAGAAGAGGAGAGAGGGAAGGAGGUUUUUACCCUCAAGCACAAGUUGACUGAAGUCGAAAAUGCUCGAGACUCCCUGAAGAAAGAGCUCAGCUUGGUUCAGAAGCGGCUGGCCGAGUCAGAGUCUGCCUGGCGGCUCAGCGAGAGAGAACUGACCGCUCAGCUUCAGGAGGCCCGAGGCAGUGAAAAGAAGCUACAGGAUGAAGCCAAGAACUUGUCACUGCGCACCCAGGCGGCUCAGGACUCUGCCAGCAUAUACAGCCUGCAAUUGAGCGAGGCCCAGGGCCGCCUGGCCGCCACCGAGGCGGAGCUCACGCGGGCCGAGGCCUCUAGAAGAGACCUGGAGUUUCGUUUGAGCGGCCUCCAGUCGGCGCUGACCAGAACCCUGGGUAUUAGCGCUGGAGGAAGAGGGGUUCGAGGGAGGAGCCCCGGGGCAAGCUCUGCUUCAGCCAGCCCCGUGUCACGCCAUCACAGCAUCUCUCCGCUACGUUCUUCUCUCUCGCCUCCUAAAGAAUUUCACACCAGCACCCCUGACAAUACUCUGGGUUCCCGAGCCGUUUCUCCUGAAAGAGAAGGCACGCCUCUCCCUCUACACCAACCAGAUCUGGACCCUGACACUCUUCGAAGUGGUCUGAAGGACUUCCUCCUGGAGCUCCGUGAAGCACAGAGAGAGCGGGAUGACGCUUUGUGUCAGUUGGUGGCUUCUCAGCGAGAAGUGGACGAGCUGAAGGGGAAUCGAGACUUGGCACAAAGUCGUCUCGUCCAUCUGCAAAAGAACCUGCAAGAAUACCAAGAAGGCAAACGAGGCCUGGAUGAGCAACUGGCACAAGCUCAGCUUCAGCUUCACCAGCAGGAAGAGGCUGUCAGGAGAGGCGACAGAGAGAGGAGGACGCUCACCGACAGGGUGAAGGAGCUGGAACGUGUGCUACAGACCUUUGAGGUGGAGAAGAAACACACACAGGAACAACUGGAUAAGCAGCGAGCUGCUGAGGCGCGUCUGGAGGCUGAGAGGAAGCGACUCCGGGAGGCACUUGAGGCGUCCGAAGCGCGGACCACCCGGGUUGAGGUGGGACGACGGAGUCUGGAGGGGGAGCUGCAGAGACUCCGACUGAGCCUUGGAGACCGCGAGGCAGAGAGCCAGGUCUCCCGUGAUCGCUAUGAUGUUCUUCUCAAACAGGUAGCGGAAGGCGAAGGCCAAAUAUCCCUGUUGCAGAGAGAAGUGGAGCGACUAAGUCAGGUUCUGCGCAAAGCUGAGGAAAACGAAGCUGUGCUGCGAGAGAAGAACGCCUCCCUCAACCAGAGUCUGCAGGAGUUGGCGGCUGCUCACGGCAGCGCUCAGAGUCGCCUCACUGCUCUGCAGAAGGCUUUGAGUAUGACGGAGCAAGAGAAGCAACACCUUCAGGAGCGAAUCGAUGAAUCCCGCUUAUCGUUAAGCGAAGCCAGAAGGAACAUGGCCACCCUUAAUGAGCGCAUGCACAGCCUGCAGAGUGAGCUGCACCAGAGUGAGCUCCAACGAGAGGAACUGGAGUCCGAAUUCACCAAGACACAAGAGACUCUGCGGCAGCGUUCGGCCAGCCUUGCCGAGGCACAGCGCGGUGCUCAAGCGGCUCAGACGGAGCGAGCGACGGUGGAGGAACGUUUGCGAGCUCUUCAAAGGGCUGUGGCCAUGCUAGAAACAGAAAAGAAGGAUGCCGAGAGACAGGCUGUGAGGCUGGAGAAGGAUAAAAAUGCCUUAAGGAAUACGCUUGAUAAGGUCGAGCGUCAGAAGCUGAAGAGCGAAGAGGGCAGCAUGCGUCUUUCGGCCGAAAGAAACCGCUUGGAUCGUUCCCUGAACACGGCUGAACAGGAGCUGCAGGAAUCCCAUCAGCAGAUACUUAUACUGCAGACACAGCUGGCUGACAUGGAACAGUCCCACAGCUUGUGCGAGAGUUUGGUCAGGCAGCGUGAUGAGACCCAGCACGAGGCCGAGAGGCUUAGAGCCAGCUUCAGGGAUCUGGAGAAGACUUUCGACUCCAGGGAACGCACACAUCGACACCGGGUCAAAGGUCUGGAGGAGCAGGUGUCAACUCUGAAAGACCAGCUACAACAGGAGAUGAAACGACGGCAGCCUUCACUUCCGUCCUCAUUUCUAUCGACGCCUAACUGA